UUGGCUGUCACUAUCACUAUGGCUGAAUUGAAGCUAUACCUGGACCUGCGGUCUCAGCCCUGCAGAUUUGUCUAUCUCUUCGCAAAAGCCAACAACAUUCCAUUUCAGCACCAUGAGAUAAAGCUGUUUCAAGGGGAUCAUCUCACGGAAGAGUUUGAAAAUGUAAAUCCAUUACGCAAAGUUCCAGUCUUAAAAGAUGGAGACUUAACACUUGUUGAAAGUAUGGCUAUGCUGCGCUACCUGGUACAAAAAUACAGCACACCUGAUCAUUGGUACUCAUCUGACCCUCAGAUACGGACACGUGUUGAUGAAUAUCUUGCGUGGCAGCACACCAACACGCGUCUCCACAGCUGUAGAGUCUUCUGGGUGAAGUGUAUGACUCCAGCUAUUAUGGACGAAGAGGCUGCACCAGAAAAACUGGAUUAUGUCCUUGCUGAGUUCAGAGAGAUCAUGAUACAGUUUGAGGAUAAAUUCCUGCAAGAAAAACCAUUUCUGGCCGGAGAUGAAAUAUCAUUGGCAGAUCUCGUGGCUAUAGUGGAAAUCAUGCAGGUAACUGCAAGUGGAGUACCUAUUUUUGAAGAAAGACCAAAGCUUGAAGCAUGGAAACAGAGAGUUGAGGAAGAGCUGGGGUCAGAGCUCUUUAGAGAAGCUCACGAGGACAUCCUCAAUGUUCAGGAGCAACAGCUUAAUUUACUGACCCCUGAAGCCAAGGAGCAAUUUAAAGGCAGACUUCGUCUUUUUACAAAUGCUGGGAUGUGGUUGUGCUAAUGUAUACAACAUUUUAUAAUAAAUCAGCAAUAUAUGUAUCUCUUAGGGUUCAUAAAGGUUCUGUUAGACAAUUCUGCUUACAAAGCCUUUGUUGCAGUAUCUGUUUGAAGUCGGAGACCAAAUAUUUGGGCUUCGUGCACUAUAAGUCCUGUGCAUUCCUCAUGAAUCAUUCCAAAUUUUUGUCUACUUUUUUAAAUAUACUUUAUCACUGAAAAAAAAUAUCCAAGCAGUUUAGAUCCUAGUUGGGAAAAAAAUACAUUUUAAAAGACAUGGGUGGAAUAUUUAUUAAUUCCUGUUAAUUUUCAGUGUUAGGCUAGGCUUCCACACAGGUUUUUUUUCUGAUGUUUUUUUUGGAAAUCUGCUACUGCAGUUUUUGAGUCAAAACCAGAAGUGUAUUCAAUAGGAAUGGGGAAUAAAAAGAAAUUAUUACACUUCUCCUUCCUACUGGAUCCACUUCUGACUCUGGCUCAAAAACUGCAGUGACAUUUUUUUUUAAACACGAGAAAAAACCUGCGUGGAAACCUAGCCUUAAAAGUAAACUAAAUGCAAGGCAAUUUGACCACCUUUUUUAUACAGUUGAUUAUUAUAUAUAUUGUGUUCCAGCAACCACAAAGAGACAUCUCUGCCUUUAAAUGGGAAAAUUGAUCUAAAGUGGGUCCCCUUGGAAGUUAACUUCCAGCCUUUUUGAAGUUA